GCAGAGGGCAGGAAUAGCUGAGAAGGGGAGCAGCCGGGGAGGGCUGUGGUGCUUUGGGCAUCUUUUGUCAUAGCAAGCAGGAGGCGAGAGGGAGAGUCAUGGCUACAUGCUCUCCUGCAUGCAGAUGAGGAUGGCAUGGACUGGGCAACUGUAGAAGCAACUCUUCCCUGCCUCCCAGCUGUGGUUCCGCCAGCUGCCCCCAGAGCAUCUCAGGAGGCACCACCAUUUGCACUAUUUCCAAGACUAAUAGAAGGAGACCAGCCGUCAGCAGCUGGAGUUCUGUUAUAACAGGCAGAGCGACUACCUGAUUGCUUUGCCAAGGAGCCAAGUCUAAAGGAGAAAUGAUGACUACACCAAGUCUACCUAAAAGAGACAUAAGUACGAUGGGAUUUGAACUCAGGGCAUCAAGGAUCAAAGCCAACAUCCUACGUCUUGAACUACGUUGCCUCUUAUACUAAGCCCAACCAUGGCUGGAGAUUCCAGAAUCUUUAUGAACCAGGACAUGGAAAUUGGUGUUACUCCCAGAGACCAUAAGAAGAUUCCUAAACAAGCCCGGGAUGAUGCUCCCAUUGCUACUGACAGAACGCGUCUUCUAGCAGCAGAGAUCAAGAAGCCACGCCAGCGCUACAUGGAAAAAAGUGGCAAGUGCAAUGUGCACCAUGGAAAUGUCCAGGAAACCUAUCGUUAUCUCAGUGACCUUUUCACCACUUUGGUGGACCUCAAAUGGCGCUUUAACCUUCUUGUGUUCACCAUGGUCUACACUAUCACUUGGUUGUUUUUUGGUUUCAUUUGGUGGCUCAUUGCCUACAUCCGAGGAGACCUAGACCAUGCAGAAGAUGAAGACUGGAUCCCUUGCGUUGACAAUCUCAGUGGGUUUGUCUCAGCUUUUUUGUUCUCCAUUGAGACAGAGACCACCAUUGGGUAUGGCCAUAGGGUGAUCACUGAAAAGUGCCCUGAGGGCAUCAUACUGCUUUUGGUUCAGGCCAUAUUGGGCUCCAUAGUCAAUGCAUUCAUGGUAGGGUGUAUGUUUGUGAAGAUCAGCCAACCAAAGAAGAGGGCAGAGACCCUCAUGUUUUCCAAUAAUGCAGUGAUUUCUAUGAGGGACGAGAAGCUCUGUCUCAUGUUCCGGGUUGGGGACUUGAGGAAUUCCCACAUAGUUGAGGCUUCCAUUAGAGCCAAGCUGAUUAAAUCCAAACAGACCAAAGAAGGGGAAUUCAUCCCUUUAAACCAAACAGACAUUAAUGUGGGAUUUGACACAGGGGACGACAGGCUGUUUCUGGUGUCGCCACUCAUCAUUUCACAUGAAAUCAACGAGAAGAGCCCUUUUUGGGAGAUGUCCCAUGCCCAGUUGGAGAAAGAGGAGUUUGAAAUUGUGGUCAUUUUGGAGGGGAUGGUGGAAGCAACUGGAAUGACUUGCCAGGCUCGGAGCUCCUACAUGGACAAAGAAGUGCUCUGGGGACACCGUUUCACUCCUGUGCUGACCCUGGAGAAGGACUUUUAUGAAGUUGACUACAACAGCUUCCACAGCACCUACGAAACCAACACGCCGGUGUGCUGUGCCAAAGAACUGGCAGAGUCUUUCCGGGAGGGGCGCCUCCUGAGCCACCCAUCCAGUGCCGACCUCCUGAGUGGAGAGGAGUCAGAGAAGUCAAAAGAGGAAGAGGGAAAAGAAGACCAGGAAGAGGGAAAAGUCAAGGAGAAAGAGGAAGGACAGGAGCUGACCGAGCUGAACGGCGCCAAUGGGACUGCAGGAGAGGUGAAAGACAGCAUGUCCUUAUAACACAAAUUCUUCCUGAACUAUAGAAAAUUCAGGUGCAUCUACAAUGGAGGAGGCACAAAGGGAGGUGGAGGAACUGAAGACUAGAGGACAACACUCCCGUUCCCAACUAUAUUACUGAACUGAGAUGGGCCCCUCCAUAUUUUGGGGGCCCAUAUGUGUCCCUCCAUUCUGCAAAGUGCAGAUUACUACAGGGACUUACUCACCAUUUUGAGAUCCAUGGACACACAC